AGUAGGUGUAGGAUGGAUGCGGCCAUGCCGGUGCCAGCGACGCAGCAAUAUGUAUAUAGUACCACGGACUAGUAGUAGUACAUGUACGUAGCUUUGUCAAAAACAUUAUACUCUUACUAUAUGGAGUUCCCUUUUAUGGCUCUCCAGAGUGUUAUUUGGUAUCCUCAAACACCACUGCUUUUAUAUAGUUUCUAAUUUCUCAACAAAGUUUUGUCUGGUUUGUUCGUAGUAGUACGACAGGUCAGGCAGGAUUUAGAUGUGCUGGUUCGUCUCUUCCAUGUGUUCUAUGGCUACAUCACACAUGUAAUGAUGUAAGCCAAUUUUGUUAGACCUCGUUCGGCAAUAAUUUUUAUUUACCUAAAAAAAGGCUAAUAACUUUUUAAAAGCCGGAUGGUCACCUUGUUUGUUUGGCUAAUAAACUAUGGUAGAAAGUAUCGUUGGCUGAUCAGUUUUGAGAAAAAAAUACUGCUGAAUGAUUGACAGAUUCGAAUGAUAAGCUCAAGCGAAUAGGCAUGCUUAAUUGAGUUGUUUAGGUCAAUUCUAAUUUUUUAAGCAACUAGUAAUUUAUUUUAGUUGAUCCAACCAGAACCAUAGUGUUGCUAAUUUAUUUUCGUUGAUCCAACUAGGACCUUAGCGUUCAACAUUCACCUAGCUAGAUAUGGUAUCCGUUGGUUGUGUCAAGCCCCCGCCUCUCCAUAACGCAUCUCUUUGUGUGACACGAGGAGUCAUACUAGCCUCCAGCCAAAAAAAAAAUCACCACAUAGUUUUUCCUUCGGCCACCAUAUGAGCUGCCGUUGUAAAGAGGUGAGCAUAUGCAUCCCCCUCCUACUCCUCCUUCGAUCUGCCCUCCCCCUUCCUUCCUCAUGCUCACGUGCAUGUAUUGGAAUGACAGAUCUAGUGGUCGAUGCUCAAAUUUGAUUCGACAUGUGCAAUAUUUGCUUCCUUAGCUCCAUGUGAAGCUCAUCCUCUUAACCUAGUAAAGCGUGUCUCGUUGCUACUUUUUCCCUUAUUCGCCCCAAGCUAUGGAUCCACUGAACUUUGCUCGCACCAUCUUCACAUGGUCCACGACCCUCGUUUGGAUCUAGCCUAUCAGCCCUUGGAUCUUGUUCUCCUUGGUCUAGUUGUGGUGAAACUCAUAGGCAACUUAUAGUUCCCUAGGUCAACGAUGAACGUCCAGUGGCUUAUCCUAGUGUCCCCCUACCCAGUCCAAAAACUAUAGGCUUUAGGGCCUGUUUGGCAUAGUUCUACUUCACCGAUGAAGUAGCUUAUUUUUGCUUUGGCUUAAAAAGCAUCUCUAGUUGAGUACCGGCACCCGCGCCCCCAUUGGCCUGGAGCCGAGCAUCGACGGCAGCGUAACCUCGCGCCAUCCCUCUCUGCACCGACCCGGGGCAAAUCUACUCUUGCCUGUGCUGAGGCCUACACACGCGAGAUCGAGGAAGCUAUGAGAAGCUUAUUUUUUUAGCUCCUUCCGCGUGUAACAGCUCUAAUAAUUCGUUUGGGCUUAUCAGCCGAAUCUGUCAGCCAUGCAGCAACGUUUUUCUCUCAAAAUAAAUCAGGCAGCAGUACUUUUUGCCAUUUACGAGACCUUUUGUCUGAAGCUGUUUGAUAGAAACGUGUUUGGUUGGUGAAGUGCUAAAACAACUCCUGAAGCGGCACUGGAAGCCAUACCAAAGGUCUCAGUUUUUUUGAAGGGUGACAUGGUCAUCUAUGGAUUUCAGGGUAUGGAUAUCCAUGCAGUGUAGGUGCAUUUCAUCCAUUUUAUAUGUAUGUUUGGGGUCUGUGAUUGUAAAAAUUACGACACUAGAGGAGGUAUAACUAUUCUUGGGCUUGCCUGCCUUGUUCCAUUUCCUAGUAGAUGGAGAAAAUGAGAAAUAGAAAUGGAGGGCGGCCGGGAUGGGAUGGUAAUGGUAUGUCAUAUUUUGGCUCGGCAGCUGCAGCAUGCAAGGGAUGGGAAGGGGCAGCGCACUAUACAUAGCAUUGUCCAUUAUCUUGUGCCGUGUGUGUGUGGCCCAGAGCCUCGCCUCGGAGCACUUGCGUUGCGAUCGUCCUUCCCUGGAAUUUCGCACACGGCCGGGCAUCUAUCGCCGGUGGCCCGCCGGAUCGCUUGAUGCCGCAUGCCGCCACCGACGUUGCCACCGUCGUCCCCGGACGACCCCGCGGUGGGGCGGGAGAUGGACGACGAGGACCUGGUGGAGGAGCUCCUGGUGACCGUGAACUCGGCGCGCGCCUUCGCCGAGUUCCGGCGCACGCAGCGCAAGGAGUGUGCCAACCUCCUCCGCUGGCUGCAGCUCGUCCUCCCGCUCCUGGAGGAGCUCCGCGAAGCCGCGCCCCGGCUCACCGACGACGCCUACCGCCGCCUCGCCCUGCUCGGCCGCGCGCUCGCCACCGCGAGACGCCUGCUCAGAUCGUGCCACGACGGCAGCAAGAUCUACCUGGCGCUUGAGAGCGAGACGGUGCUGGCCAAGUUCCGCGACGUGUACGAGAAGAUGCACAGCGCGCUGGACGGGAUGCCGUACGCCGAGCUCGCCAUCUCCGAUGAGGUCAAGGAGCAAGUGGAGCUUAUGAACGCGCAGCUGAUGAGGUGCAAGAAGCGAACGGACACUCAAGACAUGGAGCUGUCAAUGGAUCUGAUGGUGAUCCUCCAGCUCCAGAACAAGGAGGAGGAGAGGAACGCUGACAGGGCCAUCCUGGAGAGGCUCGCCAAGAAGCUGGAGCUGCAGUCACUGGCGGAGCUGAGGGCAGAGACGAUGGCCAUAAAGAAGCUCAUCAAUAACAGCGGCAGCGGCGGGCAGCAGCAGCAGCAGCUCGCCGACAGCACCCGGCAGAUGGUGGACCUUCUCAACCGGUUCAAGGAGAUCGCCGGCGUGGACGAGAAGGACGUCCUUGGCGGCGAGGUGUCCAUGCCCAAAAGCUUGGACAAGUGCCCCUCCCUGAUGAUCCCCAACGACUUCCUGUGCCCCAUCACGCUGGAGAUCAUGACGGACCCGGUGAUCGUGGCCAGCGGGCAGACGUACGAGCGGCGGAGCAUCCAGAAGUGGCUGGACAGCGGGGAGAGGACGUGCCCCAAGUCGCGGCAGCCAUUGGCGCACCUGUCGCUGGCUCCCAACUACGCGCUCAAGAACCUGAUCCUGCAGUGGUGCGACAAGCACAUGGUGGAGCUGCAGAAGCGGGAGACGGAGGAGCACAAGGCGGAGGCGGAGGACAUCCCGUCGCUGGUGGAAGGCAUGUCGUCCAUCCACCCCGACGUGCAGCGCAAGGCCGUCAAGAAGAUCCGGAGGCUCUCCAAGGAGUGCCCCGAGAACCGGACGCUGAUCGCCGACACCGGCGGCAUCCCGGCGCUGAUCGGCCUGCUGGCCUGCCCCGACAAGAAGGUGCAGGAGAACACGGUGACGUCGCUGCUGAACCUGUCCAUCGACGACAAGAACAAGGUGCUCAUCGCCAGGGGAGGCGCCAUCCCGCUGGUCAUCGAGAUCCUCCGGAACGGCACCCCGGAGGCGCAGGAGAACUCGGCGGCGACGCUCUUCAGCCUGUCCAUGCUGGACGAGAACAAGGCGGCGAUCGGGAGCCUGGGCGGGCUGGCCCCGCUGGUGGAGCUGCUGCGGAGCAGCGGCACCGCUCGCGGGAAGAAGGACGCAGCCACGGCCAUCUUCAACCUGGUGCUCUGCCCGCAGAACAAGGCCCGGGCCACCCAGGCGGGCAUCGUGCCGGCGCUGCUCAAGGUCAUGGACGACAAGGCGCUCGGCAUGGUGGACGAGGCGCUGUCCAUAUUCCUGCUGCUGGCGUCGCACGCCGCGUGCCGCGCCGAGAUCGGGACGACGGCGUUCGUGGAGAAGCUGGUGCGCCUCAUCAAGGACGGCAACAGCACGCCCAAGAACAAGGAGUGCGCGCUGUCGGUGCUGCUGGAGCUGGGCACCAACAACAGGCCGCUGCUGGUGCACGGGCUCAGGUUCGGCCUCCACGAGGACCUCUCCAAGAUCGCCAAGAACGGCACCAGCAGGGCGCAGAGGAAAGCCAACUCGCUCAUCCAGCUCGCGCGAAAGCUCUGAUCUCACCUUUUUUUUUUUUUACAACGCAACGUUUUUCGGCAGGGCAUAGAAAAUUUUGGUGUGUGUCAGUGUGUAUCUGUCCAUCGGCCAUCGCCCAACAGAUAUCUCAUGUGUUUGCUACUGUACUUGCUAGGAAGGAUAGAAGAAAUGGCUAACUUUUUUUUUUU